UCUUUUCCCUGUAAAAGGACCGAUCUGUCUAAGGCUAGAAUUUGAGAGACAACAACGAGAGGAGCUUGAAAAAUUAGAGAGUAAAAGGAAACAAAUAGAAGAGAUGGAAGAAAAACAAAGAUCUGACAAAGCAGAACUUGUAAGAAUGCAGCAAGAAGUAGAGUCACAGCGCAAAGAGACAGAAAUAGUGCAGCUGCAAAUUCGAAAACAGGAGGAGAGUCUGAAACGGAGAAGUGUUCACAUUGAGAGCAGGUUAAAGGAUUUGCUAGCUGAAAAAGAAAAAUUUGAAGAAGAGAGAUUACGGGAACAACAGGAGAUAGAGCUUCAAAAGAAAAAGCAGCAGGAAGAAAUUUUUGCCCGGGUCAAAGAGGAGCUGCAGCGACUACAAGAACUUAAUCAUAAUGAAAAAGCAGAGAAAAUGCAGAUUUUCCGUGAACUAGAAAAACUUAAAAAGGAAAAAGAUGAACAGUAUUUUAAGCUGGAAUUGGAAAAAAAGAGACUUGAAGAACAAGAAAGGGAGCAGGUGAUGCUGGUGGCUCAUCUGGAAGAACAGCUUCGAGAGAAGCAGGUCAUGAUAGAGCUCCUGAAGAGAGGGGAUGUACAAAGAGUUGAAGAAGAGAAAAGAGAUCUUGAAGAUAUUAGAGAAUCUCUUUUGAAAGUCAAGGAAGCCCGAUCUGAAGGUGAUGAAAACUGUGAAGAGUUAGAAAAAGCACAGCAUGAUUUCAUAGAGUUUAAAAGGAAACAACUGGAACAGUUGACUAUUUUGGAAAAAGAUUUAGUUCAACAAAUGGAUCACCUAGAAAAGGAAAUAGCAGAUGAAAAAAGAGCUCUGGAACACUUAAGAUUUGCACAUGAAGAACAUUUAAAUCUCAAGAGAGAUGAUGAAAACUUUGUGGAUUCUGUACUCAAGGCUGAAGAAUUUGACAAGAUAAAGCCAGCAGAGUACAGGCUCCAGUCUAAAGUACGCCAGCUUGAGUACCUGAAGAGUAAUCAUUUGCCAGCUCUGCUGGAAGAAAAACAAAGAGCUUCUGAAGUCCUUGAUAGGGGCUUGUUAGGGUUAGAUAAUACUCUCUAUCAAAUAGAGAAAGAGAUAGAAGAAAAAGAAGAGCAGCUUGCCCAGUAUAGAGCUAGCACAAAUCAGCUGCAGCAGCUUCAAGAAACCUUUGAAUUCACAGCCAAUGUAGCUCGUCAGGAAGAAAAGGUUCGGAAAAAGGAAAAAGAAAUCCUUGAAUCAAGGGAAAAACAGCAGAGAGAGGCGCUGGAGCAAGCUGUUGCUAAGUUAGAAAGGAGGCACUCUGCUUUGCAACGUCGUUCAACGAUAGACUUUGAAAUUGAAGAGCAGAAACAGAAGCUUGCCACCUUGAACAACAGCUGCAGUGAACAGGCAGGUCUGCAGGCUAGUCUAGAAGCAGAGCAGAAGGCCCUUGAACAAGACCGAGAACGCCUGGACCAGGAAAUUCAGCAGCUGAAGCAAAAAAUAUACGAGGGUGAUGGUGGUCAGAAAGGAAAUCAUGGAACAUUAGAAGAGAGACUCUCCCAUACCACUUCCCCUACCAGCCCAACAAAGCCACAGCCACCCGCUGCUCCGCUAGUUGAUGAUAGGAUAACUGCCUUUAUUGAACAAGAAGUGCAGAGGAGGCUCCAGAAUAUUCAUCAUAAAGCUGAGGAUAAUGAUGUUGGCCUGUCCUGGUCUACAGAAAGUUUAAAGGAUAAUGAGAGGCUUAAUAAUGGCACUGUUCAACGCAAGCUGAAGUAUGAGCGGAUGGUCUGUCGUUCUCUGGGAGCAAAUCCAGAUGACCUAAAGGACCCAAUUAAAAUUAGUAUUCCACGCUAUGUCCUGUGUGGGCAGGGAAAGGAUGAACACUAUGAGUUUGAAAUAAAGAUAACGGUCCUGGAUGAGACAUGGACAGUAUUCAGGCGGUACAGUCGUUUUCGGGAAAUGCAUAAAACUUUGAAACUGAAGUACCCAGAGCUUGCCACUUUAGAAUUCCCUCCAAAGAAGCUCUUUGGAAACAAGGAUGAACGAGUGAUUGCAGAACGACGGAGUCACUUGGAGAAAUACCUCAGGAGCUUUUUCUCUGCAAUGCUGAAAUCUCCAUCAUCUCCGCUGCACAUUGAUAAAGUGGGGCUAACUCUGUCAAAACACACCAUCUGUGAAUUCUCACCCUUCUUCAGGAAAGGCGUUUUUGACUAUAGCAGCCACGGGACCAGCUAG